AUGGGAAUGGAUAAUGAAUGCCAUACUGAAAUUAUUUCAAGAGCUCCUCCUAAAUAUUCUGAUUCUGAUUGGGAAUUUAAUAAUCGAUCAAAAUUUGAAAUGUCAGAAAAUCAGCAAAGGAAUGCUGAAAGAGUUUUAGAAGAGUCACGUCGAAUGGUUGAUGAAGUUCGUGAUACAACUGAAACUUGGAAAAGAGAAGUUGAUCAUAGUUUGCAUGAAAGAACAACCGAAAUUAAAUAUCUUGUUGAUGAACUUAAUCAACAAAAAAGAACUGGUUUGGAAGAAGAAGAUGCUUUAAAAACAUAUCGAAAUAGACUUUUAAGAACUUUACAAACUUGUCGAGAAACAUCACUGGCAAUAUGCCAAAAAUGUAUUAUAUUUAGAGAAGGUCGACUUGGAACUGAUCUCUGUGAUGAUGAAGCUGAUCGACAAUUACGACAAGAAUUAAGAACAAUAAAUGGAUGUCAAGCUUUAUUGGAAAAAACAUUAAAUCAAACUAACGAACAAAUUAGGCGUUUGAAAGCAACUCUUUAUCUAUUAGAUCGUGAUUUGAGUGCAAAAGAUAAAUCAUUGAGAAUUGAUGAAACUAAUUUAUCUUUAAGAGAAAAUCAACAACAAUUAAGCGUAUUUCAUGGCAAAUCUCCAUUAGAAAAAUGCGCAUAUACUUUACCGCAAUGGCAACAUCAAACUUAUAAAAAUAUUGAGAAUACAGCAAAAGAAUUAAAUUCAGCUGCCGAACUAAGAGCUUAUAUAGAUCUUGUAAUUAAACAAGUUAUUGAAGAUUUAGAAAAUCAACGUGAUCGCACUAAUGAAGCAUUUGAACGACGAAUUGCAGAAACUAGAAGAAUUAAAGAAGAUUUAGAAAAUACUCAUAGUGAUACCCUUAAACAUAUAAUGGAAAUUCAAUCAAAUAUUCAAAGAUUGGAAAAAGAAAUAUCGGAUAAAGAAGGAUAUUUGGCACUUUGUCAAAUGCGUCUAGGAAAUCGUGCCCAACGUCCUGGUUUAGAAAUGACAAGAGAUAAUGUACAAGAAUCUCUAUUUAGUGAACUUCAAGCAUUAAAGGCGACAUUAGGAAGAUUGAAUAACAAAUUGCUUGAAAAUAAGGCUACACUUCGUUACUUGCUACAAGCUCAAGUAAUGCAAGAAGAAGAAAUCAAUAUAAAAACGAAUACACUUAAAAUUGAUGAUGUCAAUUGUAUGACAUUACGAAGAAAUUUACUUUAUAGGCAAAUAUAAACAUAAUUUAAAUUUAAUUUAAAGCCUCAA